CUCAUGUAAGCUGAUGCCGUGAUACCUAUGGUUCAACUAUGCAUCUUACUGUCACUUGGCAUAUCAUGGGUUCUGAGAUUGUUUAUUACAGUGUACGCUCAUUGUUCAUGCAGGCCAAUGUGUUUGCUUUCUAUCUGACUGCUGUAUCCUCUGUCGUGUAUUUUGGAACGUUGGCGUUCCUGAUUUUAGUUUUAACUACGACUCGACUGACACACAGUCUCGAAUACACAGGAGAUGGGAUCACCAUAUUCCUCUGUGCACAUCAAAAGGAAGUAGGAAAGAAAGCAAAGAGUUCGGCUCGCUCGCUGAUCGCUAUGGACGCGAGGAAGGCUACCCUGUGCUGCUUCCUUCUCCUAGCACUCGUGUUGCACGGAAAUCUUGCUUCUGCAGAGACAUGCGGGACGAAUAUCUCCGGAUGUCCAUGGUGUUCAAAAUCUAUCUGCAAGGCGGCGUGCUGGGCGACCGGAAAACUCUACCGCGCCCACGUGAAGGGAUACAAGUUGUCGGGGUCAGGAAUCAAGAGAAAAUGUUACUGCUACAUGUGCCAAGAUGAUUAGCUAGUUAGUUAGCCUCGAAAACUGAAUUUUUUUCAAGAUAGGCUCGAUUGUGCUUUCAAGAAUUCCUUUUGUUGGUCUCGAUCGGCCACCUCAAAAGGAGAUUAGUAAUAAUCUAAGGUAGUACUAGUUGGCUUCACUUCACAGCUUCACUAGCUAGUCAGUCCCUAGAGUUUUCUCGGUUUUCUUCAAACGACGCUUCUACGUAUUAGUUGUUUCUUUUUCUUCAGUUAAUACUAUCCGAAAGUAUUGGUGUGGUAUAUUAA